AUCUCCUGGGAUGAGAUCGACAAGUUCAAGUACUACUUCUAUGGUCCAUCGCUAUCCCUUCUCGUGCGGUUCUGCCUGUAUCCUUUGUCUGUCGUGAAAACAAGGUUGCAAAUGCAGAAGGAUCCUUACUCGAUAGCAGCAAGUGCACCCUCAGUGAACCACUAUAGUGGGACUCUGGACGCAUUCCACAAGAUCAUCCGGCACGAAGGGGUACGUGGAUUGUUCAAAGGCUUUGGAGUCAGUACUGUCGGAAUCGUGUCGGGGCAGCUGUACAUCACGACUUACGAAUAUGUGCGCCAUCAUCUGAUGCACAUGAACGAGAGGAACAGGUUCAUCUCUCCGAAGAGGAUGAACGUGGUGAGGAACGCAGUGGCCGGGGGAUGCGCAUCGCUGGUCUCGCAGACCAUCGUGGUCCCGAUCGACAUCGUCUCGCAGAAGCAGAUGAUGAACUUUGGCACCGGUGACUCCAACGGCUCUCUGGUCCACGUCAGCAAAGAGAUCCUACGGCAAGAUGGGGUGAAAGGAUUUUACAAAGGGUUCGGAGCUUCUUUGUGCGUCUAUGCCCCAUCUUCAGCGAUAUGGUGGGGUAGCUACGGGUACCUGAGGGAAAGGCUGCAGAGCCACUUUAUGCCUACGUCGCAUGCCUCCAAGCGGUUGACGGAGGCAUCAGCUGGAGCAUCAGCUGGAUUGGUUGCAGCCGUAGCCACGAACCCGAUAGACGUGGCAAGGACGCGGCUUCAGGUGGAGGGGCAUCCGCGAGAUGGCAGUAACCUGCGGACUACUCUCCGGCAUCUCUGGUGUCAAGAGGGGCCAAAAAGUUUGUUGAAGGGAGUCCAAGCACGCAUCAUGGCAUCUGUACCAUCUUCAAUCAUGAUCGUCACAGUUUACGAGCUUGUGAAGAGGCUCAGCAAGAGGACAGACAAGCAC